CUUUCUGAAACUACGUCAUCAUUCCGCGACUACUCACAUGUUCACAACACAGCAGCAGUGAGGAGCUGUUUAGAACCAGUUUGUGAUCAGUUUCAGGUUUUUAGCUCCUUCAUCUUUAAAGGACAGCUGUUCCUCUCCUCGUCUUCAUCAUCUUCCUCAUCUUCCUCCUUCAGCCAUGAGUGACAUCGACAGCGACGACGACGUCCCGGCGCUCUCGGCUGAAACUCUCGCCGCCCUUCAGGAGUUUUACGACGAGACGAGCAGCUCGACGCCGUCAGACCAGUUCACUGUGGGAGCCGUGGAGGAGGACUGGAGGAUGAGUCAGUUCUGGUACAGCGACGAGACGGCGACUCGGUUGGCUGAGGAGGUCGUACGAGAAGCUGGAGAGGGAGGCAGGAUAGCGUGUGUGAGCGCGCCCAGCGUGUACCAGAAGCUGAAGCAGGGCUCGGUGGUCGGCUCGGAUCGGGUCUCGGCCGUCGUGCUGGAGUUCGACCGACGCUUCUCCACCUACGGCGACGACUUCAUCUUCUACGACUACAACGAGCCGCUGUCGCUGCCGGAUGACGUCGCUCCCAAGAGCUUCGACGUCGUCCUGGUCGACCCUCCGUACCUGUCCGAGGUGUGUCUGAGCAAAGUGUCCGAGACCGUCAAGUACCUGAGCAAAGGCAAAGUGCUGCUGUGUACAGGAGCCGUUAUGGAGAAACUGGCCGGAGAACUUCUGGAUGUCAGAAUGUGCAGCUUCCUCCCGAAACACAACAGAAACUUGUCCAACGACUUCCGCUGUUUUGUCAACUAUCCGUCUCGCCUGCUGUCCUGAACCUCAGAGAUCAGACUGAAGGAGAGACGAGGACAUGAACGCUGCUUUCAUACGGACGUUUCCUGUUUAGUGAAAAGGAUCCAUCGACACCAGCAGAGGAAACGUGGAAAAGUUCAAACACAAGUGAACUUUGGCUUUUGAAAAGAAGAAGUGUGAUGACUCAAAGACGGCUUGUUUAUGAGCAAAGAGUGUAAAACCUGCUGGUUUUCUACAAAAAAGAUAAUUUAACCCACAGAAAACGUAUUUACAUCAGUUUAUGUUGAUAGUUUCAGUUGCUUAUUAAGCAAAAAACAUAUAUAUUUAGUGGUUUCAGCUUCUACAAAGUGUUCCUGAUGGACAUGUUUCACCAUUUAAUGACAUUUCAUAAACCCGUAACGAUGUAUUGAUUAUUUAAUAUCAAUAAAUUAAAGGGAAACUGUCAGUUUUGAAUGAAGCCGGUGAAAACACUGUGAUGUCUCCUGUUGGUGUUGAGGUGCUUCAUCACGCUUUAGAAGAAUAACCCCUGAUGAUGAUGUCAUGGUGAUGUCAUCAGUCUUGGUUUGGAGAUUAAACGUUUCUAAAACAAAGCCUGUGUUUGAGAAAAAAAUACGAAAUAAAGUUG